GCUACUACGGUUGAGAAGUCCGUCGGCGGAGAAGCUCGCGCAGUACUAGAGCCUCGCGCGCGCGCGCCACAGAUCGUGUGUUUAUCUAGCCGCGAGGGGCGGGGCCAGGAUCGGGACGGCAGCGCAACGCUCGCUACCCUCAGCUGUCGCCGCUGGAGGACCAGCCCUGAGGAGCCAAGUAAGGCCCAACGAAGCAGGGGCUCCGAAAGGAAAGAGUCGGAGGAACCUGCUGCUGAAACUGAGGGCCGAGGAAAGAGUCACCCGGCAACGAUUAACAGCUGAGGUACUGAUCGAGUUCUGCUCUUCUUCAAUGAGGAACUACAGGCUGAUCUUCUGCCAUAACCUCAAGCAACCAUAAAUGACAAAAGAAUGCUUGAAAGACAGCUUUGAUAUUGGGCUGCAUAAAGAUAUGAGGAAGAGUUCCUCCCCUUCCUCAAGUAACUGCAACUCUGUUCUCGCUAACAAAAUAUUUGGAAUUCCACUCGAUGAACUGCAGCAGGAAGGACAGCCGGGCAAUGAAGUUCCAUUCAUAGUUCGCCAUAUUGUGGACUAUAUCGAGGAACAUGGAGGUCUAGACCAAGAAGGGCUUUUUCAAGUCAAUGGUAAUGCAGAAACAGUUGAGUGGCUUCGACAAAGAUAUGAUAAUGGAGAAGAUGUGGACCUGGUUAAAGAAGCGGAUGUACCUUCAGCUAUUAGUCUUCUUAGAUUUUUUCUUCAAGCACUUCCAGAACCAGUUAUUCCUGGCACACUAUAUAUGCAUUUGAUACAACUUUCAGAAGAUUAUAAUGAAGAUGAAUUUGGAAGAAAAUUGAGGUUCCUCUUGCAGCAGCUUCCGCCUCUUAAUUACAGUUUGUUAAAAUUUCUGUGUAGAUUUUUAGCUAAUGUAGCAUCACAUCAUGAAGAGAUUUGGUCUGCAAGUUCUUUGGCUGCAGUUUUUGGUCCUGAUGUCUUUCACAUUUACACAGAUGUGGAGGAUCUGAAAGAACAAGAACUAGUUAGCAGAGUUAUGGCGGGACUAUUAGUGAAUUAUGAUGAGCUCUUUGAAAAUGAAGAGGAGGAUUUCUCAUCUAAUGAUUUAAGUUCAAUAACUGAGCAGAUAAAUGAUCUAUUGGAUGAUGAUGUAAAGCUUGACCAGCCAGAACUGCCAGAAGAAGAAGAAAAUAUGGAGGACCCAGAAUAUAAGCAAGAUAUAGAGCCUCAAGAUAUGGUCGAGAGCAUCUUGGAGUCAUGCAGUGUUGCAGCUUCAACAAGUGCUCACCUCUCCCCUUUAAGCAUCUUGCCUGCCUCUGCAGACAUCUUGGAAAGAACAAUUAGAGCAGCUGUAGAACAACACCUCUUUGAUCUGCAGAGCAGCAUAGAUCAAGAUCUCAAGAGUUUACAGCAUAGAAUGGUCUGUCAAGAAGCAAAUAUUGAGGAGAAUGAAGAAGGAUCUAACAAUCAAAAAAAGCAUCCUGUUUCUUUUAGUAGAGGUGGUGCUGAAAAGAAUGUUACUAAAGAUGGUGAGAAUCUUGGAGACUGCUCUGAAACAGUGGAUUGCACAAGUUUAGACAAUGAAGUUUCACACCCUGAUUUUGUAUCCGAGGAAGAAGACAAUGAUCAGGUAGCAGGCAUAUUGUUGAAGCCAUGUAAUGGAGGAGUUGAGGCUGAAGGGUCCCUUGGAGAUGUGCAAGAUUGUGUGUCGUUUGAUGAUGGCCACAAAAUGACUUCGCAUGUGGUUCUGGGUUUUGUUAGCAAGAGUUGUGAUCCAAAUGCCCAUACUGAAUCAGGAGAGUUGAAAAACAGAAAUAACAAUGCUCCUGAAGCAACACUGUGUGUCGCUGUGCCACAUCUUGAUUUGAAGAAUGUGAAUGAUGGUGACAAAUGGGAAGAGCCGUUUCCUGCUUUUAAAUCUUGGCAGGAAGACAGUGAAUCUGGAGAAGCUCAGCUGUCUCCACAAGCUGGAAGAAUGAAUCAUCCUUUGGAAGAGGACAAUCAUCCAGUAUUGUCACAUCGGAGUUUAGAUUUUGGGCAAAGCCAGCGGUUUCUACAUGAUCCAGAAAAAAUAGAUUCAUCUAAAGCACUUUCAUUUGUUAGAACUCGAAGAGCAUCAUUUAGUAGCUCUAAGGAUGACAGAAGGGAAGACAAGACUCCUUACCAGCUAGUUAAAAAGUUGCAGAAAAAAAUCAGACAAUUUGAGGAACAGUUUGAAAAAGACAAAAAUUUCAAGCCCUCAUAUACUGAUAUUGCAGCAAAUCCAAAGGUUUUAAAGUGGAUGACAGAGCUUACCAAACUGAAGAAGCAAAUAAAAGAUGCAAAGCACAAAAGCUCAGAUGGAGAAUUCAUACCUCAGCCACGUCCACGAAGCAACACACUUCCAAAAAGCUUUGGCUCCUCUCUAGACCAUGAAGAUGAAGAAAAUGAAGAUGAUCUGCGGGUUGUUCAGAAAGAGAAGAAACCUACCAAGGAGGCCACAGUUGAGCUCAUUUUGAAAAGAUUGAAGGAAAAACGGAUUGAAAGAUGCCUACCAGAUGAUAUAAAAACAAUGACAAAAGACCAUCUGGCAGAAGAAAAAACUUCACUGCAAAAAAGUCUCCUGUAUUAUGAAAGUCAGCAUGGUCGACCGGUUUCUAGAGAAGAAAGACAUGUUGUUAAACCCCUCUAUGACAGAUACAGGCUUGUGAAACAAAUGCUAACUCGAGCAAGCAUUACUCCCAUCCUUGGAUCACCAUCAACCAAGAGACGCAGCCAAAUGUUACAACCUAUCAUAGAAGGAGAAACAGCCCACUUUUUUGAAGAAAUUAAGGAAGAGGAAGAAGAUGGUGAUCUGUCAUCAGAACUGACUGAUCUCCUGAAAUCUAAUGCCCAAAUGCAGUCUGUUACUGCGAGCCCAGUUGAAAACUCAGAAUCUGAUAUUGAAGAAAGUCAAGAGAAACUAACUCGAGAGCUUCGUCUGUCCAGUACCCGUGCAGCUUCCAUGCCUGAAUUAUUGGAGCAACUUUGGAAAGCCAGAGCUGAAAAAAAGAAAUUGCGAAAAACAUUACGGGAAUUUGAAGAGGGGUUUUAUCAGCAAAAUGGAAGGAAUGUUCAGAAAGAAGAUCGUGCUCCUAUGCUUGAUGAAUACAGAGAGUACAAGAAAGUUAAGGCCAAACUUCGGCUUCUAGAAGUUCUCAUCAGCAAACAAGAUUCUUCAAAGUCAAUAUAAGUUAUGUUUCUUCAUAACACUGAAAGGUUCUUUUCUUAUGCUAUCAUAGUACUUGUUAGGUGUUUGCUUUGUCUUGCGCUGUUGAAAGAAUGCAGGUUUUGUACACUUUUAUUAUGGUGCCACAUUUGAAGGGCAAGUAGGUCUUAUCUAGAGAGCUAAUGAAAAUCUUACCAAUUUGAGACUGCUCUGUCCAACUUUAGCAAACACAGUUUUCUUCUCAUUUUUAUUAUUACACUUGAAUCUUGUUCCCAAAAGACUGUAGAACAAUAACCAUUCAAAAACUGUGGACCUGCUAUCUUCGUUUCAUCUGCAUUUCUUAGUGUAACACAGAACUACUCGGUUGCCUUUUUCUUAUGGGGAACAAUGGCAGCAAAUUAAGAACACGUGUUCCUGAGCACCAAAACUGAACUGAGAUGCCUUUCAGAGAACAGCUGUGGAAUAACUUUAUUUGGUUUCACAUGACAUCUGUCAUGUAAUAGAAUGGUUUAUGGCCUGUGGAUAUUGCAACUUAAAACUCCCAUUUGCUCUUCAAUUUCAGAUUACAAUGGACAAACCAGAAAGUGACCUUGCUUGUUGUAUUUUUAAAACUUGGAAAACUGAACAUUUAUAUCACAUAUUGCCUACAAGACUUGCAUUACUGUUAAUUUUAUCAGUUAAUGGUGAUUUAGUGUGUGGUCUGAAUUGUAUCCUGCGUCUUAUCCUUGAUGGGGAGAUUGUGAUGGUGCUGUACAGCUCCAGCAGGCCUGUGUCAAUUACCUACUCUAUUGUACCUGAACUAAGUAUAUUUUAUCAAGGGCUAAAACCAAUUAAUGUGAUGGAUUGAAAUUGGAUAGAGUCAGCUUUGAAAGGAGCCUUUCUGCUAUGUCACUGUUACAGAAACUGGAAGCAAAGUGAUUUAACUUUUGUCAUGUUAAGCAGGUAUCAUAUUCUUGCAUGAUACAGCUUCAGAACGGAAACUUUUUUGAGUGAUGUUUACCUUGUCCGAUGUAGUUGACACAACAGCUUUUAAUGUUUUUCUUUCAAAUCUGACAGAAUCCUAAACGCUCUUUACAGUGCUGCUAUGGACACAGCACCUGCAUACAGAAGGAUUCCAGUUUAGAAAUAAUAGAGCUGUGUUUUUUUUGUCCCCUCCUCCCUCCCUGUCUGUUUAGGCUCUGGUUUGGGCCUUUACAAGCAGUGUAGGCAGAUGAGUACCAUGUGCAAAUGCUGCUGGGGGGUUGAUUGGGAGCUGUGGAGGUCUGUAUUAUGGCUUCAGAUACUGUGCUUGUGAUAGGACUUGAUUGAGCCCUAAGUGUUUAAAUCGGUGCUCUCUGGGAUUUUUUUGUCUUGAUUGUGGCCAUGUUUUUGCAUGUGCCUAGUUGCUGCAUGUAUUUAUGAUCAGCUGAUGUCAGCACAAAUAUUUUUUCGCACUACUUUCUGAAUGACCAAAAAAUGAAUUUUUGCAAAGAAGUGGCUAGCAUGUAAAUUCAUCAGGUCAGUGUGUUGACAUGGGAUAGAUUUUUUUAAAAGUAGGGUUUUGAUACUCCAGACUUGGCUGUUUGCUUUGGAAAGACUUUUUUUUUUUUGGUGAUUGUAGGCAUGUAAUUUUGGAACCUGAAAGAGAGCAGUAAAAUGAGCUUAUAUUCUGAUGAUUUGCCUUUUACAGAAUUAGAGGUUUUUUGUUUAGUGGACCAUAGUAAAUUGCAAGGUUAGAAAUUUAAUCUGGAGAUCAUCUGUGGCAUUUGUUCAGCUCCAUUGUGCAAUGUACUCUUCAGUUACUUUUCUAUCAGUCUGCAGACACAAGUGUAUCUAAACAUUGAAACUUAUGUGUACUGUAUAGUGUUGUACAUGAAUGUUUUAUAUACCACAUGCAAAAUGUCAAUAUGCACUAUUUAAAUGUUUUAAAUAAUAUAUUCCUCCUUUAUAAUGCUUAAAUCUAUAUGAUUCCAAUAUUUUUAUAAAGUGAGUGAUCCAACUGGUUCAAAUUCAGAAUUAUUAACAGCUGCUUUUGUGUGUGUUAUGCAGUGUUUGGCUGUCCAGUAUCAUAGCUAGCAUGGCAUCAGUUAUGCUAAGAGUGUGUGUCGUACCAUUCUUAUUGAGCAAUAAAUGGUAGGUUUAGGCAUUUUGUGAUAUAACAUAGUUUUACUUUGGUAUAAGUAAAAACUAUAUAUGUGGAUAUAUAGAUAUAUAAAUAUAUAUAAAUAAACCAGAUAUAAUUGAUUGCUAUGUCUGGCAUCUCAGUGUAUAGAUUUUUAUAAUAAAAGCAACUUUUAUUGUCAUACACCA